ACAACAUGGCGGCMGCUUACAUUUCGGACGACGACGUGUAUUGGAACUURAAAAUAGAGGUUUUGCAUGAAAUGAGAGACGAACUAGUCMARAAUCUAACGCCAGAAAAAUUCUUUGCUUAUUUUCGCUCCAGAAGAGUCUUUGAUGCUGAUGACUGCGACAUGAUUGAAGCAGAACGAUUAAGACGAAAAAAGGCAGAAAGAUUUCUCGAUAUUUUGGAAAGCAAAGGAUCAAAUGGUUUUGACGAGUUUUGCAACUUCAUACAAAAUAACAAGACUCAGGUCUGGCUCCUUAAAAAGAUAUUGGAUUUAUUUGAGAGGAAGAAAAGAGACAAACUUUCAGCAGAGAUGCCACAAGAGGUCAUCGAUGAAGACAAAGAUAARCCUGUCACUGUUGUCAUGACAACUUCUAUAUCAACUCCCUCACUCAACAUACCUCUCUCUUAUCAAUCAUCUGACAGYAUGCUUCCUGGUCCUUCAACUCCACCUGACGAGCUCCCAAGUCGCACAACUGAAGCAUCAAGUUUAAAUACAGAUUGUAAUUGUACCACGACAACUACUCUUACAGGAAAUUCRGUGAGCCAGGCAACAAGUCCUGAAGAAAAUUAUCCAGGCCCUCGYCUCCCUUCCUACUCUAGUGAACCACCAUGUAGCCCCCCUCCUCCCUACACAGAAUAAUAAUGCAAUUGUAGAGUUUUGUUGUCUUGUAUAGAAUAGUUCUUCUUUAAUAUUUAUAUAUAUGAUGCUGUAAAUUUUCACCUGAUUGAUGACCAUGCAGUUGCCAGCAUAAUGCAAAUAAGAUUAUCAUCAAAACUAAAAAAAAAAGAAAAACUUGAUGAAAGUAAUUCUUUUAUAUGUUGGAGAAAAUUGAUAUUCAAAUAAUCCUAUUGAUUAUUAGAUUGAUAUCAAAACAUUGGUGUAAAAAUCUGAUACUUUAUAGAUGAAAUAAAAGUUACGAAAAAGA